GCACCCUCAUAAACGUAAUCUGCUAUUAUCGCUGAGUAGCAUAUGAAGUUGUAGGAUUGCAGUAGUUGCUCCGGUGUUGUAGGGUCUCACCUAGAUCAUAACACAAAGCCGUAUGAUAAUCUAAAGCAUAGAUGCAUAAAGAACAGCUAUGACCUGAGCGGUGAGCAAGCGCUGCGCAACAGCCGUAACGCCUAAAGUAUACGUUCGCGACGUUUCGCGCAAGGAACGAGGAUACUGGCAUUUCCUGGAAUGCAUCCCUCCUAUGGAUUACGAUGCCUACAAGGUGUUCAGUAUCAGGCCCGAUGCCGCAGCCUAAUCGCACGCGUGUUAAACUCCUCAUCACGCCAAGCGAGCAAGUCGAGCCCGGAACCCCACACGCCGCACUUGGUCAACGUCUCCUUCAAGGUGCAGUACAGGUGCCCGUACGGCCAGCGAGUGGCGCUGGUGGGCGACGUGCCGCCGCUGGGCCGCUGGGCCACCGGGCGCUGCCAGCGCAUGCGGUGGGGCCGGGGGGACUACUGGAGCUGCAGCGUGGCGCUGCCGGCAGG